CAUAUAUUUAUUAAACAUCCAUAGCUCUAGAAAAGACAUUUUAUAUUUAUCAUACAAAUAUCUUCCGUUGGCGUGAUUCGAACCCGCGACCCCCUUGUAUAGUGACCAUGUCACUUACCACUACACCAGACGGCCGUUAUACUACAAUGGUGACAUACACCUCAUGCCCCGAGGUGGUCGGCGGCAUUUUUGGCAGAAAUCAGGCUGGCCAUAAAAUUAUUUACCGGACAACACGAAAAAGAAAUUUAUUUCUGGUACACCUGUAUUCGUUUCCAAUUUUACGAUAUUACAAGACUUGCUAGGUAGUUCUCGACGAACUCCAUGCGCCGUGUAUUCGGGUAACAAACACACAUUUUGAAUUGAUUUCAUAUAAAAAAAAUCCGUAACGCACAAAAAAUAUAUAAUGAAUAUUCAAAAAGUUAACAUCCGACCCGUGAACAGACUCAGUCUCUAUUAUCAUAAUAUAAUUCAGUAAAUUACAUUUUAAAUCAUUGUUUUAAAAUCACUGACAUCGCAAACAUGUUUGUGUUAGCCUUACUCUGUGUCGUCUUUAAUUUCGUAUUAUAUUCAUUCGCGUAUUUAUUAUUGUUCCUUAUUCUUGCUAUAAUCGGAUAUCGACUAUUUAUCGAACCAAUCAAGGGUGUUUGCAAAUCGAAAGCCAAACUAAACGGAAAGAUCGCUUUGGUUACCGGCGGGAAUUCUGGCAUAGGACUGGAAACAGCCCGAGAUUUAGCUGCAAGAGGAGCUACUGUGAUAAUAGCUUCUAGAAAUGAAGAUAAAGCUUUAGAAGCUAUCGAAGAUAUUGUAAAUACAACGGGCAACGAUAAUAUCAAGUACAUGAAUUUGGAUCUCGCUAAAUUUAAGAACAUUCGGAAGUUCGCUGAAAAUUUCAAUAAAACAUACAAACGUUUGGAUAUUUUAGUGAACAAUGCCGGUUGCGCUGGUCUGAAAAGGAAAUUAAGCGAAGACGGAAUAGAUUUAGUGAUGCAGAUUAACUAUUUCGGUCCUUAUCUCUUGACAAAUCUGCUACUAGACAAAUUGAUCAAAUCGAAACCUAGCAGAAUCGUGAACGUAUCCUCGUAUGCACACAACUUCGGUGAGCUUAACAUAGAUAAUGUGCAUUGCCCUGUAACAGAUAGCUACUUGAAGAGGUACGCCAAUAGUAAACUGUGCCAGGUUCUCUGGACGAGAGCCCUGGCGAAGCGACUCCCUGUUGGAAUUACGGCGAACGCUUUACACCCUGGUGUUGUGAACACCGAUAUCUUCAAAAGAUUGAAAAUAUGGCAGCAAAAAAUAGUAUCAGCUAUAAUAUCAGUGGUAUUCAAGGAUGCUAUAGAAGGAGCUCAAACAACGCUGCACCUUUGCGUCGCUGAAGAAUUAGAGGGAGUAACUGGGAAAUAUUUCGUGGACUGCAAGCAAGCGAAUAUGGCGGCAAUAGCAAAUGACGAUAAAAUUGCGGAAGAAUUGUGGAACAAGAGUGUUUUAUUGACAGAAUGCGUCGUAGAAUGAUAGAAAUAGACAAAGAGAGGCAGAAAAUUAUUUUCAUUAACAUUCAUUAAUAUAGAAUUCAUAAUGUUUUCUGUAGUUUUAAAAAUCAAUGCUGCAAAGGAAAUUACAUUUUUGACAUUUCAUUUGUUUUUUUACCUUUUUUAUUGCGCUUCAUUUGGCAGUAUGUCAUAAAUAUUUUAAACUAGUUGUGCCCGCAACAUAGUUUUUCGAUUUGACAGCUAUGACGUCACAAUAUGGCGCAGGUCCAUGCACUUUCUUCAUUGAAACGCAUUAUACAUUGUAUACAUUCUUAAGCAUGUAUUAAAAAGCGGUCAUUUUAAUAUUACAAACAGACAUUUCUAUUUUAUUUAUUUGUAUAGAUAGAUGUAUUAGCAGUAUGAUGGAAAUAUUGGUAAAAAGUUGUCUUAAAAAAAUGUACUUAAUGAAAAAAAUGUAAUAAAAAACAAG